GUGUGUGUGUGUGUGUGUGUGUGUGUGUGUUGGGGGUGUAACUGGCGACCCUGCAGAGCGCUGCAGUGAUCCGCUGGUUCAUCUGGAGGAAUGCGCGUCGCACCAAACUCUUCUCUGCGCGUCUUGAGUGUUUGAAACUUAAAAUCAAAGACACAACCAAAGAAUUUUGUUCCCAUGAGAGGACGGAGCGGACCCACAUCCUAACCACAGCCUGUACUCGGUAGGGUAUGGCUGUGCGGUCCAGGACGGGAUACUACCGGCAGGAGGUGAACAGGACCGUGUGGGAGGUUCCGGAGCGGUACCGGGACCUGAAGCAGAUCGGGACAGGAGCCUACGGGACUGUGUGUUCAGCAUGGGACCGUCGGAUGGGGAUGCAGGUGGCCAUCAAGAAACUUCAUCGGCCCUUCCAGUCCAAACUUUUUGCCAAGAGAGCGUACAGAGAGUUGCGACUUCUUAAACACAUGAAGCAUGAAAAUGUCAUAGGGCUGCUGGAUGUUUUCACUGCUGAAAUCUCAUUGGACCGCCUGCGUGAUUUUUACCUGGUGAUGCCGUUCAUGGGCACUGAUCUAGGCAAGCUGAUGAAGCUGGAGAGAUUAUCAGAGGACAGAGUGCAGUUCCUCGUCUACCAGAUGAUGAAAGGACUCAAGUACAUCCACUCUGCAGGGAUCAUCCACAGGGACCUUAAACCUGGAAAUUUAGCCAUUAACCCAGACUGUGAGCUUAAGAUUCUUGAUUUUGGCCUGGCGAGGCAGGCUGAUGCGGAAAUGACUGGCUACGUCGUAACACGCUGGUACCGAGCGCCUGAGGUUAUCCUCAACUGGAUGCACUACACACAAACUGUGGAUAUUUGGUCGGCUGGCUGUAUUAUGGCCGAGAUGCUGCUGGGAAAGCCGCUGUUCAAAGGAAAUGAUCAUCUGGACCAGCUCCGAGAGAUCAUGAAGAUUACAGGAACUCCAGCUGCUGACUUUGUUGUGAAGCUGCAGAGCCAAGAUGCCAAAAACUACAUCAAAAGUCUAACAAAAGUGCCAAAAAAAGAUUUGCACUCUGUCUUCUCCAAAGCUAGCUCAAAUGCAGUGUGUGUCUUGGAAAAGAUGUUGCUCCUGGACCCAGAGCAAAGGGUGAGCGCCUCGGAGGCACUCGACCUGCCUUUCUUCAGCGAGUUCAGAGAUGCCGAGGAGGAGACGGAGGCGCUGCCUUAUGAUCAGACCAUGGACAACACAGACCUGCCGCUGGACCAGUGGAAACGUCACACGUUCACAGAGAUACUGACCUUCAGGCCGCCCAGGGACUCCAGAGAGACGUCACUUUAACCACACACUAUGCACACAUUGACACCAGCACCCCAAAAAUAUGAUUUUCCUUUUGACUUUGUUGUGUUUGUGUAGGAGUAUUGAAUAUUAUGAGUCUGUUUAGUUUUUGCUUUCAGUAAAUGUGAUUUACCUGUUUGUUUUAAAGUGUGUGUGUCGGAUUAUUUAUCCAUCGACCAUAUACAGAAGGUUAAAUUCAUACUGCUACUGCUUCCUUAAAGUCCACUGUGUAGCAGGUUCUUUUUUGUCUGUUUGCAUUUUGAUAAUUUAUUCUGAUAGUGACGUAUUUCUAACAGAGGGCGAGGUCACCUGUUGUGCAAAUACCAUUAAUGCAGGGAAUGCAGAAGUGAAUAUCGUCACACACAUCAAAUGAACCACUGCAGGUCCUUUAAAUCAUUAACAGCCACGUCAGGAGUGACUAAUUCUCAGUUUUUAUUUUAGGUUUUUACUCUCUAGCUGAGUAAUGAUGAUGUCAUGUUACAUUUUGUUGUAUAUAUGCGUUUUCCAAGAUGAAAUCCCUUUUUGUUUUGGACACGCGCCCUCUUUCAGUGAUCAGACCUUUAACAUGCCCCUAUUUGGGUCAGUCUUCACACCAUCACACCCUCCUACCAUCUCCAAAACACUCCCUUUCAGUGGCCCAGAGCCAGAAGCCCAAAGACAGGCGCACUGCUGCUCUCCACUGCACUGACUCACAUCUAUUGUAGUCAUUUGUUUUUUGAAGAAAAUCUGCAAAAACUCACGCAGGGUGAGACCUUAUUGAAACAUCAGGUGGUCGGACUUUCAUCUGCCGUCAUUCAAAAGCAAUAUAUUUCUCAUUAGAGUGACUAAGAAGGCAGAUAUGCUGCUUGUCAGAUCCCUCUGAUUACAGCUGCUUCCUGCUGUAUUGACUGACUGACCAUGCAGCGCCACUUUUUUAUUUCCUGGUGGCCGUACACUUCAGAUUCUCACAGGACGAUGGAUUAUACCCACAUAUCCAAACAAAACGGAGGACUCUCAAAUGUCAGCAGACUUUUAUUGCUGCUAUUUCUGGCAGGCCUUCAGCCAGUACUGUGUACAGAUGGAGAGACCCAUGAACUGGAUGAUGACGAUAAGGGUAAG